AUGUCAUCGGAACACAUUGUCAAGGCCAUCCCUGGCAUCUUUAUCAUGAUUUCUGGGUCCGAAGACAAGCAAACCUCUGCAGAUGUGCACAAUGUCGGGUCCUUUAAUCUUCCCGACUCGGCUGGAAUGGCUGGUGGUGCUUGCACAUCUACUCUAUUGAAGGUUUUGACCGAUUUUCCAGGGCAAAUGACUUGGGUGGAGUUGCUCCAACGAAUGAGAGAUGUCUUGGAAUUAAAAGGAUUCGAUCAGAUUCCUCAAUUAUCCGCGAGUCGAUUGAUUGACGCUGAUUCCAGAUUUGAAGUUGUUCCACAAAAGUCUAUUCAAAUGCGGAAGGCUCGUCGAGCUGUGUUGAUUGGAAUCAACUAUGUUGGCCAACAAGGUCAACUUAGUGGUUGCCACAAUGACGUUGAAAAUAUCAAGCGGUAUCUCAUCAAGGAGCAAGGGUUCAUGGAAAAAGACAUGUUGAUUCUGAUGGAUGAUGGAAAGCACCAUGCUCCAACUCGAAGGAACAUUAUUGAUGCCUUUACCCGCGUUACUCAGUACAGUGAAGCAGGAGAUAUCGUAUUCGUUCAUUAUUCGGGACACGGAGGUCGUGUGAAAGAUAUGAAUAACGAUGAAUCCGAUGGGUAUGAUGAGACGCUUAUCCCGGUUGAUUUCAAGGCCAGUGGACAUAUUGUAGAUGAUGAGGUCUUCAAUGUUCUGGUUAAACCCAUGAAACGAGAUGUCCAGGUCACAGUUUUGAUGGAUUGUUGUCACAGCGGUACCGCUUUGGAUUUACCGUAUGAAAUGGACGCCACAGAUACCGCCAUGCAUUCCAACGAUACAUUCAAUAUGGGACUCUUGAAGGCUCCAGCGACAUUAGCCUGUUUGGCAUGCUGUGCACUCUGUGCCAUGGACGAUCUAAUGGCCCUGUUCGCAAAGUAG